CUUUAGUCGGACAGUUGGCAUGCAGUCGGCCAUGUGGUAGCUGGUGAACUUGAAAUGUCCGACAGAGUUUCAUAAGAUUGUUUGGUGCGAACAUACUUCAACAAUGAACGUGGAUAACAUAUUCCUGCAACUGAGGGUUUUGGCUCAUCGUCUUCUCUCAACAAAUCAGAGGAAAACACAGGCGAUUUUAUUCAAACGGGCUGCAACGCUUGCGGGAAAAAAUGGUGAUGCGUCCUGGAAGAAUGCAAUUGUCCGGAAACUUUUAGACCAAUUUGGCAUAUUGAACGAUUUGACAAUUAAGCAGUGCAAUGGAGUAGCUGCUCAACGAUUACGGAGAACCACACAAAUUUUAUUUUUGUAUAGAAGAGUUUACGGCGAGUCGGUGGUUCGACUUAUAAACAGGUUUAGUGAUCCUUUCAUGAAAAACGGAAAAGUUAGGAACGCUUUUUGUCUUUAUGGAGCAGCUUUGUUUUCCUGGCAGAAUAAUCAGCUUACCGAUUCUGAUCUCGAAAGCUGCAUUGAUGACAUGAAGCACAUAGAAGACUUGGUGAAUGCUGAAUGUGAGAACAAUGAUCGUGGAGGAAGUGAUGUUGACAACGGUACCAGGAGUGGCGGUAAUGAAAACAGCGGCAACCAGGAAGACAGCAGUGUCAACCACUACAUGGAUACAUGGGCAUGCAUCUUAAAUAAAAUCAAUUUCAAAGUCUGGAGCAAACCUGUCCAAGGAUCAGCUGUUUAUGAAUAUAAAGUUUAUGGCACUUUCGAGGAUAUCACACCAAUGUCAUUUUAUACUGUACAGGUUGAUUUGGAGUACAGAAAGAGAUGGGACAAACGCAUCAUCAAACUAGAAAUGGUCGACCAUGACAAAGAAUCGGGUUCAGAGAUCAUUCACUGGGUUACCAGCUUCAUUUGGCCAAUGGCAAACAGGGAAUAUGUCUUCGUGCGAAGAUACAAGGUUGACCGCCAAAAGAAUGUGAUGGUCCUGAUGUCUCACAGUACAGACCACCCCGGCAUUCCGAAAAACAAAAGUUGCGUCCGAAUCACCAAGUACGAAUCCGACAUGGUCAUCAAACCUCACACCAACUUCAACGAGAAUGGUUUUGACUAUGUGCUGACCUAUUAUGAUGAUCCACAAGCAUCUAUCCCCUCGGUGGCCUACGACUGGCUGGCAGCCAAAGGUGUACCAGGUUUCCUUGAGGAUGUCCACAAAGCAGCCAAAACGCUUCAGGAAACAGAUCAGAAUCAGAACAGUUUGGAAAUGGAGGCGUGGAUGACUGAAGACAAAGUUGCUUUGUCGUAAAUGUGUUUGCCUUUUCGUGGAAUUCAAACUGUGUAUAGCUGGUCAAAUGUGUUUGCUUGUUAUGUUUCAAACGAAGAACUAUCAAUCACCUGAGUUUAACUGUGAGGAUUACUUUGUAAAUGUUUCAUAUGAUACUUAUUUAACAUGGGUUUCUGUUAGUGUUAAGAGAAAAUUGAAUGGUAAUGUAAUUUUGCAUUAAAAUUUGAUCCAAUAUAUAAUUUGUUACAAGAUUAAUUUAGAAUCUGCUUUAAUUUUUGUCGUAUGAUUGAAAUUUUUCUUUUUCAAAAUUUUCAUAAACAUUUUGUUUUUCUUAUAUUUUAAAUAGAAUUUAAUCCAGAAACUUGUUCUUUGAUAUCGUAAAGAGUUAAUCAGGAACUCAAUUAAGUGCUAUUAUAGGUAAAUUCAUAUCACUGCUGAAGUAAAUAAUAAUAGUAUACAACAUGUAUAUAGCGCCCUAUAUAAUAUGUAAAAUUACUCUAAGGCUCUUAAAUAUUUCUACAGUGACAGUUUUAUAGAAGUUAAAAAAGGGCAUUCAAAUCAGCAUUAUACAUUAAGUUACAAGAUAAUUAUCUCCAUAUGCAUAUAAAUGAAUAUAUAAAGGGGGGUGAUGUGUACAUGUCCAUGAGGUCAUGAAGAAUGUGUAUGAUCACAUUUGAUUUUGUUAUUGAAAUCAAACCAAGUGUAACAUUGUGAUCUUUUCUUUAUUUUGGUUUGAGAUUUGUAUGUGUUGAAGUAAUUUGUGGUUCUUGGUAUUAAAUUCUUCCAAAGAUCUCAUGCUUGACUUGUGUGUUUAUUUAUGUAGUUUAUUGGAAAUACAUAGCUAAAUGUAAGAUCAAUAUUUUUUUCAAAAUAGAAAGCUUGUUUUGAUAGUUGAUAAUACAGUUGAGUUCAUGUGUUUGUUUAACAAUAAACUGAAAGAUUUGAGGAGAAAAAAUAUUUAAAUUGCUAAAACUGGAGAUGUACAAUGGUAGCCCAAUAGAAGUUAUUAAGGAAAAUGUGUUGCUCAUUUGCCAACAAGAGGACCAUAUCAUUCUAACAAACAAAAAUGCAAGUUCUUGAAAAAGGGUAUGAUGAAACUAGAAUGUGUUUCGGAUCUUGACUACAUAAUCUUUUUUUUUUUUGUUGCUUGUGUUUUGUUUAUAAUUGGAAACAUGUAUUAUUACAGGAGAACCUUCAUAUA